GAGCUGAAGGUAGCGCUGCCGGUGCCCAGCCAUGAUGCCCUUUGGCGGGAUGGCUGCACGUCUGCAGAGGGACCGCCUGAGAGCCGAGGGGGUUGGCCAACACAACAACGCCAUCAAGUACCUCAACCAGGACUAUGAGUCCCUCAAACAGGAGUGCAUUGAGAGUGGCACCCUCUUUAGGGACCCCCAAUUCCCAGCCGGCCCCUCUGCCCUCGGAUUCAAGGAGCUGGGGCCACACUCCAGCAAGACGCGGGGGGUGGAGUGGAAGCGUCCAUCGGAAUUAGUGGGUGACCCUCAGUUCAUCGUUGGUGGUGCAACCCGGACAGACAUCUGCCAGGGGGCUCUGGGUGACUGCUGGCUGCUGGCUAUCUGGCAGUUCGGUGAGUGGGUGGACGUGGUGGUGGAUGACCAGCUGCCCACCAAGGACGGGGAGCUUCUCUUUGUGCACUCGGCAGAGUGCACCGAGUUCUGGAGUGCUCUGCUGGAGAAGGCCUAUGCCAAGCUGAACGGCUGGUACGAGGCGCUCUCAGGGGGCAGCACCACCGAGGGCUUCGAGGACUUCACCGGCGGCGUGGCAGAGAUGUACGACCUCAAGCGGCCGCCGCGCAACAUGGGCCACAUCAUCCGCAAGGCACUGGAGAGGGGGUCCCUGCUGGGCUGCUCCAUCGACAUCACAAGUGCCUUUGAUAUGGAAGCGGUGACCUUCAAGAAGCUGGUGAAGGGCCAUGCCUAUUCUGUCACGGCCUUCAGAGAUGUGAACUACCGGGGUGGGCAGGAACAGCUCAUCCGCAUCAGGAACCCCUGGGGACAGGUGGAGUGGACCGGAGCCUGGAGCGAUGGCUCCUCCGAGUGGGACAACAUCGACCCCGGUGACAGGGAAGAGCUGCAGCUGAGGAUGGAGGACGGAGAGUUCUGGAUGUCUUUCCGAGACUUCAUGAGGGAGUUCUCCAGGCUGGAGAUCUGCAACCUGACCCCCGAUGCCCUCACCAAGGACGAGCUCAGCAGGUGGCACACGCAGGUGUUUGAGGGCACGUGGCGCCGGGGGAGCACUGCUGGGGGCUGCAGAAAUCACCCAGCCACGUUCUGGAUCAACCCCCAGUUUAAGAUCAAGCUGCUGGAAGAGGAUGAUGACCCCGGGGACGAUGAGGUGGCCUGCAGCUUCCUGGUGGCUCUGAUGCAGAAGCACCGGCGGCGGGAGCGGCGAGUGGGGGGCGACAUGCACACCAUUGGCUUCGCUGUCUACGAGGUUCCUGAGGAGGCCCAGGGCAGCCAGAACGUGCACUUGAAGAAGGACUUCUUCCUGCGAAACCAGUCGCGGGCACGCUCUGAGACCUUCAUCAACCUGCGGGAGGUGAGCAACCAGAUCCGGCUACCCCCCGGCGAGUACAUCGUCGUGCCCUCCACCUUCGAGCCGCACAAGGAGGCUGACUUCAUCCUGCGGGUCUUCACCGAGAAGCAGUCGGACACGGCGGAGCUGGAUGAGGAGAUCUCGGCAGAUCUGGCAGAUGAGGAGGAAAUAACUGAGGAAGACAUAGAGGACGGCUUCAAGAACAUGUUCCAGCAGCUGGCAGGGGAGGACAUGGAAAUCAGCGUCUUCGAGCUCCGGACUAUUCUGAACAGAGUCAUCGCUAGACACAAAGAUCUGAAGACGGAUGGGUUCAGCCUGGACUCCUGCCGCAACAUGGUCAACCUGAUGGACAAAGAUGGCAGUGCCCGCCUUGGGCUGGUGGAGUUCCAGAUCCUGUGGAACAAGAUCCGGAGCUGGCUGGGAAUCUUCCGCCAGCAUGACCUGGAUAAGUCGGGCACCAUGAGCUCCUACGAGAUGCGCAUGGCUCUGGAGUCAGCCGGUUUCAAGCUGAACAACAAGCUGCAUCAGGUGGUGGUGGCCCGCUAUGCAGAUGCUGACAUGGGUGUGGACUUUGACAACUUUGUCUGCUGCCUCGUUAAGCUGGAGGCCAUGUUCAGGUUCUUCUACAGCAUGGACCCCGAAGGCACCGGCACUGCUGUCAUGAACCUCUCUGAGUGGCUGCUGCUGACAAUGUGCGGCUAGGAACCACGACAGAUCUGCUGCAGCUGGGACACCGCCACGGGCCAGGCCACCUCCAAGUGCCUCCCCUUGGAUCUGUGGACACAGGAUACUCUUCCCCCCUUGCUCCAUCCCACGCUGAGCCAGCAGCCCUGCCUCCCAGCAAGCCUAACGCCACCCUCUCUGGUGGACCAGGGCUCAAGGCAGGCAGGGGAUGCCCUUCUCCUCUUCUGGGCUGGACUUCUUUCCACACAACCCCACCCCCACCCCCCCCACCCCAGAACAGGAGGAGGGCAGGCAGCAUGGGGACCUGUGCAUCCCUGCACCGAGCUUGGUGGGAGCCAAGGAGCAGGCUGGGGGCAGAGGCAGGACCUGCAAGGGGGAAGGAGGCGGGGGGGGGCUUGUAUCGCUUGCUCUAGUGCUGCCCCAUCCCUGCUGGCACACAUUGCCUGUCCCUGGCUCCAUGCCUGGGAGCAUCAGCAGGUACUGCCUUGCUCAGGCAGUGCGUUCCCGGGAGCCGGAGUGGCCUUCUGGGAGGAGGGAGGGCCAUACUCUUCUUCUUGAAGCCCUUGCACUGCGCUCAUCACCACUAAGCACCACCAAAGCGUGGAGCCCACUGGCUCUUUCUGCGUGGCCUUCAACGCAUCCCUCCCACCUCCAUGCCCCUGCCUUUCCCCACCGCUGGCUCAAGCCCUGCAGCUUAAGCACUGAAUGUCUGGGGGCUCCCCCUGCCAUGUGAACACGUGCCACCCCGUAGUGGGGCAGAAACUCCUCUCUUCCACGUGGGCAUGGUGAUGCCACUACCAUCACGGCGGC